AUGGCAAAGUCGCGGUUAAUCAACUCCAACAUCGUCGCCAGAGAUAAUGGAUACUACCGAUGAUCGGGAAUUUGCCGCGAAGGCCCCACGGGGGACACGUGACUGGUUUGGCAAAGACAUAAUAAUUCGCGACAAGAUCAUAUCCUCGAUGGCUGAAGUUUUCAAGCGCCAUGGAGCGGCAACAAUUGAUACCCCGUAAGACACCAAACUUCCCUUUUGUUUUUUUAGAGGGACAAAAAAACAAGUGGCACUUAGCUGGAGCGGGAGUAGUGACUGAAUUCCAGAAUUUUUGAGCUGUUAAAUCCGACAAUAUCGGGGCAGGAUAAGUUCCCGAUCUGCAAACUGGCCGAUCAAGGAGGGCAGCUCUCAUCCUUGAGAUAUUCCCUCGGAGACUCGCUCACUAGGUGGAUAUCACUGCGGGGCGUUCAUUCUGCGAAGGUAUAUCAGGUCGGAAAGGAAUACCGGCAGGUUGUGGAUGGGUCUGGCAGAAGGGUCGUAGAGGAGAGGAUGAAGUGCCAUUUUGGUGUUGUUGGAGUUUCUGAUGGACUGCUUGCAGAGGCGGAGAUGUUGAGGGUUGCGAUGGAGGUUCUAGACGGGCUUAAGUUGGGGGCUUAUACUAUCAAGAUUAACCAUUCGCUUAUCUUGAGGGGGAUAUUGGAGGUGUGCCAAGUGCCCGAGGAGUUGCUGCCGGGAUUGGCAGGGGUGAUAAACAACAUCAGCAAGGUAUAUCUUGCUCCGUGAAAUGCAGUUUAUAUCCGUGGUCCUCUUAGGGUUCGGUUCUAUAUUCUGGGAGAUGGUCGGUUUCUAACUGCACUCAAAGACAUCUUGGGAUGAGGUACACCUAGCGAUGACCGCAGAAUUGGGGCUUGGGAUGGCAAUAGCUGAUAAGAUUGGCGACUUCGUUGCAAAAACAGGUAUGCAUCGCGUAUGCUAUCCUGCAGGAUUUGUCUGACUGGGCAUAAGGAGGCAGGCAUCUGCUUUACGACCUGCUACUUGACGAGGAACUUGCAGAAAACGUUGCGUUUUCCAAAGGAAUUAACGAGAUGAGGGACUUCUUCGACUUUUUAGAAAUAUUUGGGGUCAUGCCAAAGGUCGCUUUUGACCUAUCACUUACUCACCCCGACUUCCUUGACCUGGGUUUAGUCUAUGAAGUUGUAACACUUCCACAUUCAAUCAAGUCAACCGGUGAGACUAUUGAUAGCGUGGAGAUUGCAUCUGGUGCUAGUUGUUGCCGAUGGAACGGCCAUCUCCACAAGGCCACUUUUCCAAUAACCGUGAUCGAGUUUGAACUAGAGGAUAUUUUCAGGAUAAUCCAAGCAAGAGUCCCUACAGGCCAGGCUUUAGAGACCGAAAUGGACGCCUAUGUCAUGGCUAUUGGUGGGGGUUUUCUGCUGGAGAGGAUGCAAGUGUGCAGGCGACUUUGGGAUGCUGGAAUUAAGGUCUAGCCCUGAUAUCAUUUAAAGCAUGGACCGUGUUAACCUUUGUAGGCGGAAUUCCUGUGCAAUGAAGUUCCAGAGCCAGCAUAUCGAUUCGCUGUUGUCCUUAGUGAGGAGAAAAUAAAGGAAGGAAAGGUAAAGAUUAAAGAAGUCCGCAACCCGCAUAAGCGGGGACUGGACGUUGAUAUAGACAAUGUUGGACUGGUUCUCGGGGAGAUGAUUAAGGAGAGUAGAGAAUGCGCUGGUGACAAGGGGGGAGCGGAAACUGAAGAGGAGCGCAACGAGGACGGAAAUUUUAGAGAGCGAGUGGAUAGGGUUAGGGCUCACGGAGGGACUGUGGAGAUGGAAGGAGUGAAUGUUGAGAUGGACUUCGCGAGGGUUAAGGUUAAGGACGCGGAGAUUGAACUCGAGGGAGCAAAAUUUGAUAUGAGGAGGGUUAAGAUAGAGAUUCGAGGUUCCAAGGAGAAGUAGAGCUGGCAGGGUGGUGGGUAGAUAUGGUUGUGGAGGAGGAUGAAAUUGGCAGGUUACUAUGAGAUAUCCUAGCCUGGAUACUUGAGACCACUAUUUCUUUCCGCGUUUGAAUAGUGAGCAUUGACGGGAGUAGAACGUACUCGAGUAUGCGCUGGCCUCACUUGUUUCUCUAUCUUUAGCUUUGACUUACCAACUAAAAUUUAUCAGUCUAUCGGAGAGCUCCACGAAACGUCAUCGCAUGGAAAUACCCGCUACAUAACUCUGGUCCGCCUCCAAGGACUCGAAAACCUUCGAUGACAAGAUGGAUGCCCCGCUGGAUAGACACCAACGCCUUAGCUCUGACCCAUCCCCAACCUCUCGCCUCCCCCGAGGUUGUCUCCAGAAAUAUAUUUCAU